AUGGAACAAAAUCUACCAGUAGUUGCAAAGAAAGUAUGGAGCAUGGUACGAGCCAUGCUCUACAUGAUCAAGAAAAACAUAUCCAAAAGAAAAUUACUGCUUGAUCUCAACUUGAUGAUGAAGCGCAGCAAGAUCACCAGAAAGGUCUUUAAAAACCUAAUGCACCACCACAACCACUGGUCGGCUUCCGCCUUUAACCGCGGCUCACACCACUCUCCCAACUUCACCUUCCCACCUCCACCAACCGAAGAAUACGAAUUCAGCUGCAGUAAUACACCGGUGUACCCACUCUCUCGCUUCACCACCAACAAAAAACACCAUAAAUACAAAAAGAACUCACAAAAGAUCAAGUCCACCAUAAUUAAUGACGAGCAUGAUCAGAUAUUCGUUGACCCUGCACUGAUAAAGGCCCUAGAGAUGUUGACCAGCGCUGCUGCGUCCCCGGUGGUUCCCGGGUUUGGGAUAAGUCCGAUGGUUAGGCAGUUAAGGGUGACGGACUCGCCGUUUCCGUUAAGUAACGGAGAGGAGGAUAGCUAUGUGGAUGAGGCUGCUGAGAAGUUUAUCAUGAAGUUUUAUAGUGAUUUGAGAAGGCAAAGUUAA